AUGAGAGGAAGCCAUCACUUCCAAAGGGAAGUGCUAACAUAUUCAGUGAUGGUGGGUAUGCAAUUCUCCACAGUUGGGAUAAACACACUCUUCAAAGCCGCAACAAUGGAGGGCAUGAGCCCUUACGUCUCUGUCGCCUAUAGCUAUGGAAUCGCCUCUCUUCUCCUUCUCCUUCCUACUCUCUUUUCCCACAGUUCAUCACCAAGAGCUGUUGACGUUCCUCGCCUGACCAUACCAAUCUUGUGCAGAAUCGGCCUUCUGGCACUCGCAGGAAGCUCGUCCCGGCUGACAGGCUUCACGGGCCUUUAUUACAGUUCUCCAACCCUGUCGUCCGCCAUUGGCAACCUCUGUCCAGCUUUUACAUUCAUAGUUGCCGUCAUGUUUGGGAUGGAGACAGUUGUAAUGGGAAGAAGAUCCAGCCAGGCCAAAAUAUUGGGCACAACUGUGUCAAUAGCAGGCGCAUUCGUCAUAACAUUUUACCAAGGUCCGCCGAUCUGUAUCACCCCGUCGGCAUCAUCAUCUCGACUCGGCCAUUCUCUUGUUCAUUCCACAGCAGCACAAAACUGGGUUCUUGGUGGCAGUUUGAUCACUCUGCAUUAUGCAUUGGGUACUUUGUGGACGAUUCUCAUGACACAGAUAAUGAGCGACUACCCUUCAGAGCUCACAGUAAUCUUCAUCUACAACACAUUUGUAAGCAUUAUAAGUGUAGUUGUUGCUCUGUUUGCUGAAGGAACAUCCUCGAGUGCUUGGAUAAUGAGCUCAAACACCGCACUAGCCUCAAUCAUUUGCACAGGGGUGUUUGGAUCGUGCUUGAACAAUGCCGCUGAAGCAUGGGUGCUGCCGAUAAAGGGACCCGUUUUUGCUAACAUGUUCCUUCCGUUUGGAAUGGUGAUCGCUGUCGCCAUGGGCGUAAUGCUGCUAGGUGAUACUCUGCAUCUUGGAAGUCUCCUCGGAGGGACAGCCAUAUCCAUCGGCUUCUACAUGUUCAUGUGGGGAAAGGUGAAAGACCAAAACCAUGACGGCACCGCAAAAACAGAGCAGAAUGCCGAUGACCAUAGUAGCAGCAGCAAUGCAGAUAAGGUUCCAUUACUGUAA